AUGUCUCAGUGGAACAAUACUUACGCUUACAACAACCAAUACCAGGCCUGGAACGGUGAUCCCAAUGUCCAAUAUGUGAACCAAGGCUACUACCCCAACAGAGCGGACCAACCUAAUCAAUAUGUGAGCUUUAAUGAAUUUCUUUCUCAAAUGCAAAACAAUGGAGCGCCCAGUACUAGCAACUAUAGCAAUGUUCAAUAUGAAAACUACCCUCCAGGGUACAAUUACCAGAACAUACCUACUACUGCCCCCCAGAAUCCUCAGUUAGAAAAUUAUGGAUAUGCAGCUCCAGCCUCCAAUGUUCCCAGUGGCUCAGAAUCUUACCCCAUGAAUAUGCAAAGCCAGUAUGCUCCAGUGGCAAACAAUCCUAAUGUGUAUACUAAUGCUAUGAUAUUGAAAUCUAAUCUCACUCCAACAGCUACUGAGUUUGUGCCAAAAAGUUCUAUGAUGAAACCUUCAGUUAGCAGUCAGAACAUUCCUGAAUCUAGUACUGUACGUGAUGAUAAUGAAUCUAGAAAUAAUUAUAGCAAUGUAAAUGAAACUAGGAAUCAAUUCAAUAACUCUAAUGGGUCUAGAAAUACUUACCCCAGUACAAGUGAACCUCGAAGUGUUGGUGGUAGUUCAUCAGACACAAACUGGAGAGAAAGGCCACAGAGUACACAGCAGGUUAAUGAAACAAGCCACAAAACUGAAUCUUACCAACGCACACAAGAACCCUCAAGAAAUCAAGAAUCCACUAGCCGUCACCGAGAUAAUAACUAUCGCAACAACGAAUCUAAUGCACGGCACCAUGAUACUAGCAGUCGUAAUCAAGAAGGUAACAGCCGUAGCCAUGAUACUAGCAGUCGUAAUCAAGAAGGUAACAGCCGUAGCCACGAAGCUAACAAUCGAAAUCAAGAAGGUAACAGUCGAAACCAAGAAGGUAACAGUCGAAACCAAGAAGGUAACAGUCGAAACCAAGAAAGUAACAGCCGUAAUCAUGAGGUAGAAUCCAGGCAAUAUGAAUCUAGUAACCGGCAGCAGGAUUCCAAUAACCGGACCUAUGAGACCACCAACCGCAACUAUGAGAAUACAAGCAAUAAAAGAGGCCAAACAAAAUCAAAUUAUAAAUCAAAGUCUAAAGAUGAUGCCCGCACAUUCUACAACAGUUCUAUUAGUAAAGACAGCCAGGAUGUGAGGAAUGGAAGAGGGGAAUCUUCUGGGCGGGGUAAGAAUUGGGUGGGCACUCCUCGCCUACGGGCCAUGGAACGCAACAGCACAGAAGAUGAGCAAUAUGCCAAUACAUACUUACAAGGCAGGGAAGAUAGAGUGGAAAGAGACAACAGAGACAGAGAUCAUUCUAAUAGAGAACGAGAUGUUCGAGAAUCGAAUAGAGAUGUACGAGAUAAAGAUAGAGGAGAUGUGCGAGUAAGGGAUAGAGAUAGAGAACGCAACGUACGCGAAAGGGACAGAGAUAGGGAACGUGAUGUAGGAGAUAAAGAUAAGGAACGGGAUAUUCGCGAUCGUGAUAGAGAACACAGAGAGCUGGAGAGAGAACAUAGACACAGGGAAAGAGAGAAUCGAGAAAAAGAGAGAGAACAUAGAGAAAAAGAAAGAGAUAACAGAGAGAGGGAAAGAGCCAUAAAAUCUGAACAUAAUCCCAGUCCUGCUCGGUCUAAGGCACGAUUUUUUUAUGACCAAGCUAAUAAGGAAAUGACCCAACGUGAGCGCCUCACUGAACAGUUGGACAAAGGAACGUUGGAAUGUCUAGUCUGCUGUGAACGAGUGAAACAAUAUGACCCGGUCUGGUCGUGCAGCAACUGUUACCAUGUCCUGCAUCUUAGGUGCAUUCGGAAAUGGGCUAUGAGCAGCAUGGUUGAGAGUAAAUGGCGCUGCCCAGCGUGCCAGAACACAAACGAGACUAUACCGACAGACUACCGAUGUAUGUGCGGCGCGGUCCGUACUCCCGAGUUCCAGCGCGGCGCCGUGGUCGCCCACACGUGCGGGCGCUCCUGUCGCCGCCCGCGCUCCUGCCCCCACCCCUGCACGUUGCUCUGUCAUCCGGGACCAUGUCCACCUUGCCAGGCUACUGUUAUGAAGUCUUGUGGUUGUGGAGCGGAGAAUCGCUCAGUGCUAUGCAGCAGUAAGUUGCCACAAGUGUGUGGUCGCGUCUGUGGACGUACUUUGGAGUGCGGCGUGCAUAAGUGUACCCAGAGCUGUCAUGAUGGACCUUGCGAAACUUGUACUGAGAUGGUUGAACAAGUAUGCUACUGUCCGGCUGCGAAGGCCCGGUCGGUGGCGUGCACGGCGGAGUGCGGGGGCGCCGUGCUGUGGUCGUGCGGGGAGGCGUGCGGCCGCGUGCUGGCGUGCGGCGCGCACGUGUGUCGCGCCCCGUGCCACGCGCCGCCCUGCCAGCCCUGCGCGCUACUGCCGCAGUAUGUCACCACCUGCCCCUGCGGGAAUACUAAGUUAGCUAAAGAUUCUCGCAAGAGCUGCACGGAACCGAUUCCGCUGUGUGGCAACAUUUGUGCGAAACCACUAUCGUGUGGACCGGCUGGGGACAAACACUUCUGCAAGAUCAAUUGCCAUGAAGGUCCAUGUCCCGAAUGCCCGGACAAGACAGUGUUACAGUGUCGCUGCGGACACUCCAGCCGCGAGGUGCCGUGUGUGGACCUGCCACAGAUGUACAACAAUGUGUUCUGCCAGAAGAAGUGCAAUAAGAAAUUGUCGUGUGGCCGACACCGAUGCCGCACGGUAUGUUGCGCGGCGACGUCGCACCGCUGCGCCGUCGUCUGCGGCCGCACGCUGGCCUGCCAGGCGCAUCGCUGCGAGGACUUCUGUCACACCGGACACUGCGCGCCCUGCCCUAGACUCAUAUUCGAGGAGCUGUCGUGCGCGUGCGGCGCGGAGGUGUUGUUCCCGCCGGUGCGGUGCGGCACGCGCGCGCCGGCCUGCGCCGCGCCGUGCGGCCGGCCGCGCGGCUGCCCGCACCCGCCGCACCACUCGUGCCACGCGGGGGACUGCCCGCCCUGCGUCGUGCUCACCACCAAGCGGUGCCACGGGAACCACGAGGAACGAAAAACAAUACCGUGUUCCCAAGAAGAGUUCUCGUGCGGUCUACCCUGUGGGAAGCCCCUUCCUUGCGGCAAACACACUUGUAUAAAGACUUGCCAUAAAGGACCCUGUGAUACUGGCAAAUGCAGCCAGCCCUGCACGGAGAAGCGUCCGUCGUGCGGGCACCCGUGCGCGGCGCCGUGCCACGUGGGCGGGGGCGGCGACCCCACGCCGUGUCCCAGCGCCGCGCCCUGCCGCCGCCUCGUGCGCGCCACCUGUCCCUGCUCGCGGAGGCACGCCGAGCGGACCUGCGCCGACAACGCCCGGGAUUAUGCCAAGAUGAUGAGCGCUCUAGCGGCUACCAAGAUGGCCGAGGGAGGUACAGUUGACGUAUCCGAAGUGCAGCGCCCUAGCAAUAUGCUCAAAACUUUGGAGUGCGACGACGAGUGCCGCGUGGAGGCGCGCACGCGUCAGUUGGCGCUGGCCCUUCAGAUCCGCAACCCCGACGUGUCGGCCAAGCUGGCGCCGCGCUACAGCGACCACGUCCGCACCACCGCCGCUAGAGAACCUGCAUUCGCUAACCAAGUGCAUGACAAACUUACCGAGCUCGUGCAAUUAGCUAAAAAGUCAAAACAAAAGACUCGUGCGCACUCGUUCCCGUCAAUGAACAGACAGAAGCGUCAGUUUAUACACGAGAUGUGCGAGCACUUCGGUUGUGAGAGCGUGGCCUACGAUGCUGAACCCAACAGGAACGUCGUGGCCACCGCUGAUAAAGAAAAGUCAUGGCUACCAGCAAUGAGCGUGAUGGAGGUACUAGCCCGCGAGGCAGGCAAGCGUCGUGUCCCGGGCCCCGUACUACGCGCCCCGCCCGCCGCACUGGGCUCCUCGGGGCCCACCGCCGGCCCUUCACAGGCGACUAACUCUGCUACCAAUAAAUCAUCGAGCGGCUGGGCGACUUUAACUUCAACGAACGCUUGGGCCGCUCGCAGCCAGCCGAAGCAGCCAAGCCAGCCACAGCCGCCGGCCGAAAAAAUCGACUACUUCGACAACCCGCCCGACAACUAG